UUAUUGCUAGUUUAGUCGUUUUUAAUGAUUUUAUGGGACGAUCAUGUAUGGGUCGAGACCACUUACUGGAUGGAUAAAUUUAACUAUGGGCCUGACUGGUUCAAACGCAGCGGUUGCAGUUGUGAGAGUUUGUGGAUGUGGACGGUUGCAGUUUCUAGCAGUUUUAAGAGAUUUGUACGACUGGUACUGCGGUUAAAAAUUGGUGCGUUUGCGGGUGACUUAUGACUGGUUAACUACCAAAUACGGUAACAGUCAAAUAAUAAAUUAACAAUAUUUACAUUUAAUAUAAUUAUAAAAUAUCAAAAAUUAUAAAAUUAUAAUAAAUAUAAAAUUUAUAUUUAGAAAGUUAUAAUUUUAAUUUUUGAAAAUUUAUUGAAAUUGUUUUUAUUAUAAAAUUUUAUAAUAUUAAUUAAAAUAUAAUAGAUAUAUUUUAAUAUUUUCAUAAUUUCAAUUUUAAAUUUUUUAUUAAAUAUUUUUACUUUUGUAUAUAUAUUGUUUUAAAAAAAGAGACAAUGUGUGGAAUAUCCUCAAUUAAGGUCUAAAUUUGCUGAAUGCCCAUAAUUAUGGAUAACCCAAAAAUGAGUAAUUUUUUAACACUGUGCGGACAAAAAUGCCCUUAUGCUUUGUCGAAAACAAGUAACUCUAGAUCUAUCAGCUAAAUAUUUACAUAGCAGGUAACAAUCUACAUACCAACUAACAUAUUCGCUAAUAAUUUCAGUAUCAUCUAACAAUCUAUGUAUCAAACAAAUGUAUCGACUAACAAAUCAUAUAUCAGUUAAUGAAACUAUUAACAAUUAAUUAGUUAUCUCUAAAUCUAUUUGUAACAGCUAACACUUCAUGUAUCGAUUAAGAAUCCAUUAAAAUCUAAAUAAUAGCAGGUAAGUAAUAAAAUACCUACUAACGUAUAUAUUAUCUAAAAGUUGAUUGUGAUUCGAAAUUGGAAACAUUGGAAUUGGGGUGAGAUAAUAAGAUUAACAUUAUGGGUGUCAAAAGAUUCAGAAUAAAAAAAUAAAGAUUUGUGUUGAAUCAGAAGAUGAUUUGAAGAAUUUAUACGAGACAUAAAGAGAUUAGAACACAUAAAAGGGAGAAGAGAGAGAGAUAUAGAUAAGGAUAUUAUAGUCACUAAAAAUAUUAAAAAGAAACAAGGUUAUAUGACAAAUUACAUGGGUUUUUGGGUGCAUCUACGCCAAUUACUCUUAAAAAAAAGAAUUUUUUUUUACUCUCCCGUAACCGCCCGCAACCGCAAACGCUAGCUGGAACCGGCUUUUGGAUUUAUGAGAUUCAGAGCGGUUUAAAACGGUUUAGAGCGAUUUGAGUGAAUGUUGCAAACCGCCGACAACCGCUACCAAUCGCAAAAGUUGUGUUUGCGGAUGGUAGCGGGAAAACCAAUCGCCCUCUAUGACGGUUCAUUUACUAACUGUAAAAUGAUCUCGAGCUUUGGUUGGCUUAUUUGGGAUUAAAAGAGGAAUAUAUUUAGGAAUAGGAUCAUGUCAAGCAGAGAACAUAACACCAACAUGGAGUUGAAGCCUAAUGUUGGCAUUCAAAACUGAUUACUUAAUCUUAAAAUCUAAAGAUAAAUCUAAAGAAUGUGGUAUAUUUUACUCAGCUUUAUAAAAAGGUAACCUGUUUUGUAGUUUAGAGUUUUUAAAAUAUAUAUUUUCCUCACUAUCCUUUAUUUUAUUUUACAUUAGUGAUGUGAUACGGAGCAAUCCAUAACAGCUCCACAUCGUAAUUGAUAAGAAAAUUGUAAUAAACAAUUCGAAAAUAACAUCCUAAACUAGUGAUUCAAAUAUUUUAACUAUUGAUGUGCUUAAAGAAUGGAUAGAUGUUUGGGGGUAGCCAGUAACGCUCCAGCUGUCCAAAGUAAAGUUGUAAACAUACAUGCACGUACGUAGGCUUUGAGCCAAAUAGUUAAUUAAUUAUGGUACAUGUUUGUAAAUUGAUUCAACGGAUCUGCCUAAGAUUUACUAGUUCAGUUUGGAAAGGUUAGAUGCUAACUUAAGCCUUAUGAUCUCUUCUUUGUUAUUUUAAUCGAUCUUCUUGGUUAAAACAAGAAAAAAGCGGAAAAGGUUACCGGAGCGGCGUCAACGGUAAGAGGGGGAGGUGAGUUAAGGAAGCUGAUCUCCGAUGCUUAAGCCGUAAUUCUUUCCGUGUAAACAACUUGGUUAAUAUAUAUAUAAAAUGGUCAAUCUUGUCUAGUUUUUAUUUGGAAUCUUGCUUGCUUACUUGUUUCUUCAUAUUGAUAAAGUCAAAUUCAAUAGUCAGGCAAUAUCUUUAUAUUUCGUCCAUGCAGAAAUCUUAGAUUUGAUUCUGUUUAUAUCCAAAUUUUUAUUUUUAUUUUAUUGCAUGCCAAUGGAUUUUUUUUCUUAUAUAUCACGAUUUUUUUUUGUUGUAAAAUAUAGAACCAAAUUAGAUAAUAACUUUUUGGGGUGAAAUUCAUAGUAUAACUAUGAUCAUUUGCAGAGAAUACAUUCGGUGGUUUCAGGAUGGUUCCUCAGCCUCCUAAGUCGCGUAUGUAACUUGAGAUUCAAGAUUCCUUUUUUAUUCCUUCAACAUUCAAAUAUGGUUCCUGUAUAGAGUAAAAAGUCUUAUUGAUUCCUUCAAAUCUAAUUCUGUUUUUUAAUAAAGAAAGUAUUAUCAAAAUUCCCCUAUAAAUACAUAGGUUUAGGAGCAUCCUAAAUAUCACAAACAAUUCACCCUAAAUCAAAACCAGGAAACACAAACACUCCUACAUAUCAAUCAUGAUGAACAACAACAACAACAAGAACAAUCUGAAGAUGAGUUCGGCGCAAGAAAGUGGUAAUGGUACUACUAACAUCGUUAUUACAGAGACGAGGAAUAAUAAGAAGGUAGAGAGAAAGGCAUCCAUGGACGUGGACAAGUGCGCGGAAGCUUUCAUCACAAACUUCAGAAAGCAGCUUCUUCUCCAGCGUCUCGAAUCCAUCGAAAACAUGCUCUCCCGUGGCCUAUAAUAUUAUUUAUCAAUACACACUUCUAUGUAUGUAUUACUACGUAUGUAUUAUUUCUUUCUUUUAUAUAUAUGCGCUAGCUGACUCCGAACGUCUAGUAUGCAUAUUGUUACUAGUUGGUAAAAAAUAUUGUAUGUCAUUUAUUAUUUUACUUGUCUGGUGUGAAUUCGGGUAAAUAACUCGAUAAAUCUAAAGCCAAGAGAACAUUCCAAAUUGAGGCGAAUAACUUCUGAAUAUGAUUCUCUUAUUAGAUUUGUGAAACACUCCAUACGACCCCAAUUAAAAGCCCUCUAUAACCUAAAAGUUCGAUACUAGGACAAAUAGCUAUACUGUAAUAUUUUGUUUUCUUAAUUAGAUGUACUGUACCUUUCGGCA